AUCACCGGCAAGGAGGAUGCGGCCAACAACUACGCCCGUGGACACUACACCAUCGGCAAAGAGAUCAUCGACGUGGUGCUGGACCGGAUCCGUAAACUGGCCGACCAGUGCACCGGUCUUCAGGGCUUCCUGGUCUUCCACAGCUUCGGAGGUGGCACCGGCUCUGGUUUCACCUCCCUGCUGAUGGAGCGCCUGUCUGUCGACUACGGCAAGAAGUCCAAGCUGGAGUUCUCCAUCUACCCAGCUCCCCAAGUCUCCACUGCUGUGGUGGAGCCCUACAACUCCAUCCUGACCACCCACACCACCCUGGAGCACUCUGACUGUGCCUUCAUGGUGGACAACGAGGCCAUCUACGACAUCUGCCGUAGGAACCUCGAUAUCGAGCGUCCUUCUUACACAAACCUCAACAGGUUGAUCAGUCAGAUUGUGUCCUCCAUCACUGCCUCCCUUCGUUUUGAUGGUGCCCUCAAUGUUGAUCUGACAGAGUUCCAGACCAACUUGGUGCCAUACCCCCGUAUCCACUUCCCUCUGGCCACCUAUGCCCCUGUUAUCUCUGCUGAGAAAGCUUACCAUGAGCAAUUAACGGUGGCAGAAAUCACCAACGCCUGUUUUGAACCAGCCAACCAGAUGGUUAAAUGUGACCCUCGCCACGGUAAAUACAUGGCCUGCUGCCUGCUGUAUCGUGGUGAUGUGGUGCCCAAAGAUGUGAAUGCUGCCAUUGCCACCAUUAAAACCAAGCGCUCCAUACAGUUUGUGGACUGGUGCCCCACUGGUUUCAAGGUGGGCAUCAACUACCAGCCGCCCACUGUAGUUCCUGGUGGAGACCUGGCCAAGGUCCAGAGGGCCGUGUGCAUGCUGAGCAACACCACUGCUAUCGCAGAGGCCUGGGCUCGGCUUGACCACAAGUUUGAUCUGAUGUACGCUAAGAGGGCCUUUGUUCACUGGUAUGUGGGUGAGGGGAUGGAGGAGGGAGAGUUCUCUGAGGCCAGAGAGGACAUGGCAGCUCUGGAGAAGGAUUAUGAGGAGGUUGGAGUCGACUCCAUUGAGGGUGAGGGAGAGGAGGAAGGAGAGGAGUAGGGCAUACUACUUACUAAUAAAUUAAUCUUAACAGUGUCAUUCCUGAGCAAUAAACAGGAGCACAACAUAUUGCAUUUGUUUUGAGAUUUGUAACCUUGUGUUUGACUUCUAAAUGUAUCACUAUAGUUGU